AUGCCCGGUAUCUCAUUCUUCAAACAAAACAACCCCCCGAUCCCCCUCCCCGACACCAUCACCCGCUCCUACAUCCCCGGCCCCGCCGGCCCCCUCGAGCUCCUCUACGCUGGCCCCCGCACCCCCACCCCCCUCUUCUUCUGCCACGGCGGCUGCGGCUCCGCUCUCGUCUGGCUUGCCUUCCUCGAAUUCUUCUCCCAAAACCGCAACAUCCCAUGCUACGCGGUCUCCGCGCGCGGGCGCGGGCAGUCGUGGGACCCGGGGUAUCUACGACUAUAUUUCACAAGGAUAAGGGAGGCGGAGAAGAGGGAAGGGGAGGUAAAUGGGGUGGAUACGGAGGUGGCGUUGGUGGGGCAUUCGUCGGUGGGUGGGUUGAGUCGGUUUUUGCUGGCGGAUGGGGAUGUAAGGGUAAGGGGAUUGGCGCUGCUGGGCGCGGUUCCGGGGACGGGGAGCGGCCCGGCCUACUACAACUGGUUCUGGAUCGACCCGUGGAUGUACGUCCGCAUGCUGUUCCACCUCGGCCACCCCAUGUCGCUGCUCUCCUCCACCCGCCUCGUCAAGCGUGCGUUCUCCUGCGACGACUUUCCCAUGGAGCGGGUCGCCGAGUUCGAGGCGCAGAUGCCGGCGUCCGAAAGCAUGCUCUGGCCCUGGGGUAUGGCCUUGCCGUUCCUGAAGACGGCGAACGUCCUCACGCGGAUCACUAGAUGGGGCACCUGA